AUGCCUGGGCUGCCUCCCUCGUCCGAAGCCCAUGUGGAUGUCCUUAUUGUCGGUGCUGGCCCAGCGGGACUGAUGCUGGCGAACUGGCUCAGCCGCUGCGGUGUCAAGACGCGCAUUGUGGACAAGCGAGGGACUAAAAUCUUCAACGGCCAGGCCGACGGUCUACAAUGCCGCACCCUGGAGAUUUUUGACUCGUUUGAUUUUGCGCACCGCGCAUGGCGCGAGUCAAACCAUAUGCUGGAAAUUUGCCUGUGGAAUCCCGACGAUCAAGGCCAGAUCCGAAGAUCCGAUCGGAUUCCCGAUACUAUCCCCGGUAUCAGUCGGUUCCAGCAAGUGGUGCUCCAUCAGGGCCGCAUCGAACGCUUUUUCCUCGAUUCUAUUAAGGAGCAUAGUGAUAUUACGGUUGAGCGAGGGGUGUUGCCCACAGCGUUUGAGUUUGAUGACACCAAAGCUGGUGAUUUCAAUGACUACCCAAUCAAUAUCACACAGACAGUCGUCAGCGACGGUCUCUUCCGGAGUAAUCUUGCUGCAGAUGACACGGAUGACCUGAUACGGAUCGCAGAAACCAAUACUCCAGCUGACCGAGUCGAGACGAUCAAAGCCAAGUUCCUGGUUGGGUGCGACGGGGCACAUUCAUGGGUCCGUCGUCAGCUCGGCUUCCAGCUAGAAGGAGACUCCACGGACUACAUCUGGGGGGUACUCGACAUCGUGCCGAUUACUGAUUUCCCAGAUAUCAGAUCGCGUUGUGCGAUCCAUUCGGCGAAUGCCGGAAGCGUCAUGGUGAUCCCACGAGAAAAUAAGCUCGUGCGGCUGUAUAUCCAGUUGCAUACCACCGAGCAUGCCCAGGCAGGGGGAAAAGCAGAUCGGUCAUGGAUCACGCCGGAAAUUAUCCUCCAAUCUGCCCAGCGUAUUCUGCAUCCUUACAAGCUCGAUUAUUCUUACUGCGACUGGUGGACAGCCUACCAGAUCGGCCAACGGGUAGGUGACCAGUUCUCGCUGAAGGAAAGGGUGUUCUUGGCUGGCGAUGCAAUUCACACCCUUCACACCCACUCGCCAAAAGCCGGCCAGGGAAUGAAUGUGAGCAUGCAAGAUACAUACAACCUAGGAUGGAAGCUUGCGCAUGUAGUAAAAGGCUACAGUGAUGCAUCCCUCCUGAAGACGUAUCAAUCCGAGAGAAAAGGAAUCGCCCAGGAUCUGAUUGCGUUUGAUCAUCGCUUUUCUAGGCUCUUCUCUGGACGUCCUGCCAAAGAUAUUAUGGAUGAGGAAGGGGUUAGCAUGGAAGAAUUCAAGACUGCCUUUGAGAAAGGGAAUGAAUUUGCUAGUGGCAUCGCGGUCAACUAUAGUGCCAGUGUAAUUGUUGCGAAAGACGGCGACCCAGCCAAACACGGUGACGGCACAGAUAUGACAGGCCAGGAUACGUCCAGCCGUGUUCUCAGCAAGCCCCAAUUGGCAACCAAAAUCGACGUUGGCAAACGUAUGCCGAGCUUCAAGGUGUUGAAUCAGUCGGACGCCCGGCCUUGGCAUCUUCAAGAAUUGCUGAAAAGUAACGGGAGAUGGCGAAUCAUCGUCUUCCCUGGACACCUGGCCCUGGCUUCAAACAUGCAACGAAUGCAGCAACUGGGUUCAAGACUCGGCGCCCAGGACUCAUUUAUUCGUCGCUAUACGCCUAUCCAACAGCACAUUGACAGCGUGAUUGAAGUGUUGACCGUCCAUGCUGGCCCCAGGGCGAGUCUAGAGCUAUUGGACCUCCCCGAGGCAUUCCACCCAUACAGUGAUACCAUGGGCUGGGAUUAUUGGAAGGUAUAUGUGGACGACGAGUCCUAUCAUGAGGGUCAUGGCCAGGCUUACUCCAAUUAUGGAAUUGACCCCGCUAAGGGGGCGAGUGCGAUCGUGCGGCCAGAUCAGUACGUGAGCUGGGUUGGUGAGGUUGAUGGCUACGAUGAUAUGGACAGAUUUUUCUCGGGUUUCAUGAAGCCGCAGAAUGUGGCAAAGGAGUGA